AUGGCCGAAGCACAGCUGUUAGUUCUGGGCUCAGAAGGUGUUGGAAAAACUGUUAUGCUAAAAAGGCUUCAAACGUUGACUGCCCAGCAGAAUUUAGCGCAAGCACUUCACAAGCAAGAUCUUGGCGAAGCACCUUCGACAAUUCCCACGAUUGGAGUGAAUUUGGUUACUGUAACAUACAACAGAAAGAAAUAUACCUUCAGGGAACUCGGAGGAGCAAUGGGGCCAAUUUGGAAUAAUUAUUUUAAAGACGCAACUUAUUUAGUGUACAUCAUAGACACGGCAAAUCAGACCCAGGUUGCGUCUUCAUGUAUUCAACUUCUUGAAGUGCUCGCCUCGAAGCAGACCCAACACAUGUCUGUUCUUCUGAUUUUUAACAAGAUUGAUUCACCAGACCGCCUGAGUAUGAGCGAAAUAAGUGCUCUAUUAAGACUUAGGGAGAUAUCGGCAAGCGCUAGGCAAGACAUUACAGUUCUGGAGUGCAGCUUUCGCGAAGGGGCAGGCUUAACUGAAAUUUUAAAAUGGCUGCAGGAGAAAUGUGCGAAGUAA